ACGAACCGCUCAUCAUUACUCCCCGCGCACUCUACUGGAUUUUCCGCGCUAUUAGCAUUUAAGCAAUUAGCUAAAUUUUGAGGGGACACGCUGCUAGCUUGGGACUCGAUUAAGCUGUUAAUGGAGGUGGAUGAUUCUUCAGAUCAGAGUCUGUCUCUGCUCUCAUCCUCCAAGAAUGUGUCCAGAGAAGCGUCCAACACCAUACCACCAACAUCAAAGUCAGAACUGUGGCCAGACGCCAUGUCUGAUUCAAAAAGCAGAAAGACUUCUACACCCUCUCCAUCAUCCUCUGUCUGUCCUGAAGCAGAGCUCGAGUGUCGGACACCUGUGGGCUCAGGGAAGAGAACCAGAGUCUCUGUGAAUAAGUGCCGUGUUCGCAGGAAAGAAUUGAAAACAUCCAGUGCACUUAAAGCACACCUCUUGGUCCACAGACAGGAUGGGCCUCAUUUCUGUGGCGUCUGUCAGAGAGCAUUUAAACUCCAUCAUCAGCUCACUUCUCACAUGAUGACCCACCACAAGAGAAAGAGCUAUAACUGCACUCAGUCUGGCUGCCACAAAACCUAUGAUGACAAAAACUCCCUAAAACAGCACUGUGCCUCUCGACACGGAGUCCACCUCAUGUCUUCUUCCUCCUCCAGCCUCUCUUCCAACUAUGACCUUCUGGCCUCAGCGUGGGAGCCAACCGUUAAUGUAACUGCGUCCGACUACCUCUUUACCUCUCAACCCAAGCCUGUUUCAGCUCAUGUGCUAAAGAAUCCCAGUCAUUCUGGAAAACUCUUUGGUUCUUAUGACACAGGAGAUCUUGGGAUGGGGCACCAUGCAGAAGAUGCCCAUCCCUCUCAGGUUCAAAAUUCAACAUGUCAAGAAAGCUGGACUUUAGAGUCUGCCAAUGACUCUUAUAAGGUAAAAGAAAGCAAGAAAAUGCUUAACCCCACCCAGUGGACUCUGGGUACUGAAAAAAAUCCAGUGGUUUCACGGAACCCAUUUGAUGUCCACGGUUUAGAAACCGAUUUCGAUUUUCCUGAAUCUUACCCAGAAGAAUUGAAAGAGAUGCUGUCAUUUCAGCCUAACAGAGAGGCAUCUACCACCAGCAUGAGUUGCCCUGUGAGGCAGCGAGCUUCAGUUUCCCCCAAACAGCAUUGUCCCAUACUGCUGAAACACAGUCUGAAGGAGCCCAGACCUCCGAGCAAGUUAAAGCGUCAUCGCACAUUUUCCAGUUUCAGUUAUCCUGCUGAAUUAUACCCUGAACCAAGGAGUGAUUUUGACUGUAAUCUUGAUGAUCCUGUACUUGAUUCUCCUCCUGCAACAUUGACCAACAGUAGGAAGAGGAAGUCCUGCUCUAAGGAUGUCCUGUCUGAUGUUCCAACUCCUCCACUGCCUGUUCCUCAGCCCACUUGUCAUAAACGUUCACGACCACGCUCUUCUUACCUUGUCUCACCAAGUCAAGUGGCACUUGCAUCCUUCAGCACUUACCUUGGAAAACAGUUUUUACAAAAGGAGGCCGUUUUAAAAUCAACAGGAGAGGAACCGAAGGCUGGUUGCAGAGCUCCAUCGCAGCCCUCAUGUUCUCAAGAAGUUGUUGGAACAAAGGAGGGACAUGAUUCACAAUCAUCCACCUCAACACUGGAUGAUGGACAGAAGAGGGCUUCAGGACAAAAGUCCAAAGGAACAGACCUGUCCCCAUUGAUCAUGCCUGUGUCUGUCCCAGUCUCUGUGACAAACAUUUUAGGCCCCCAAGCUUCCACACAACAAGCCAAGAGGUCACAGACUCGUAAAGGUGCAUCUAGGAGUUCUUGUCAUCUUGACCCUUUAAACUGCCUCAUCAUCCCCGGUCCACCUCUGCCUCUUCUAUCUUCCCCACAAUGCACCGAUCAUAAGGAAACCCAAGGUUUGCAGAGAAGCUGUGGCAUAGGUGUUUACCCCAGCCAGCUGCGCUCGCCAAAAUAUCUGUCAGACCACCCGCUGAGCCCUAGUUUUCAUCCCCCACCGUACACCCCUCAGCCUAUGCUGAGCCCUCUCCGUUCAGGGACAGGCCUCUAUUCUAAAAGUCUACCGCAACAUCAGCCAUGCUCAUCUCUGCCCAGCACCUUUGGUAAGCACUAA